AAGCUUUCCGCGCCGCCUCCCCUUGUCCGCUCUCCUUCCGCGUCGCGAGAUCAUGCUGUUCUUCUCGUAUUUCAAGGAGCUGAUCGGCAAGGAGGUGACUGUGGAGCUGAAGAACGACCUGGCCAUCAGCGGCACACUGCACUCUGUGGACCAGUACCUCAACAUCAAGCUGCACAACUCACGCGUCGUCAAUGAUGCCAAGUACCCGCACAUGCUCUCAGUGAAGAACUGUUUCAUCCGAGGCUCAGUCGUGCGCUACGUGCUGCUACCACCAGAUGGUGUUGACGUGGACAUUCUACACGACGCCACGCGCAGGGAGGCACGUGGCGCCACGUGA